CCCAACGAUGAGUUCUAUCUACGAGACACUGCCUUCUAUCAAUUCUAUCAGGCUCUUAUAUUUGGGGCCUAUCAUUGAGGGCAAUUUGACUUACUCUCUGGUCGUUGUCGACAGCUACCAAGCCGGCCCCGAAUAUCAUGCCCUUAGCUACUGCUGGGGAGAUCCACACGACACUCUCAAUUCUCUAUGCAAUGGAGAAUCCUUCUCAAUCACCAGAUCUCUCCACGAUGCCCUUUCUUGUCUCUCACGGAAAGGGAUAUCACAACCUAUCUGGGCGGACGCAGUCUGCAUGAACCAGAGCGAUCUUCACGAACGCAACCAACAAGUUUCGAUUAUGCGACAAAUCUAUGAGCGGGCUGCGCGCGUCUCUAUUUGGAUCGGUCGCGAGAGCUACCAUGACAUGGAAAUGGCAAUAAAUCUGAUCAGCCGCAUUGGUCAGGCGGCGUGCCAGGCUCUACAUAAGUCUUCAAUAUCAUCGCACCCAAACCAAGAGUGUGACCGAAGUCACGUUGUCUCGAAGAUCAUAUUUCCAAGCUUACCGCCCAUGAAGGAUUCAGAAUGGGUGAUUCAAGAAGUUCGUGAAUCUCAAGACAUCCAUUUCCUCCGCGAGGAGGAGAACCUUGCAUGGGACCAUGUUGGAAUGGCGGCAAAGUGGGUCUUCUUUGCACGCAGUAUAGACAUUCAAUGGACGAGAAAUCGAUUCGAAUCCUAUUCUGGUUUUACUAAUGCUUCAUUCAUGUGGAAUCAAACGAAGAAAACUCGAAGAGAGGCUCCGUUUCCGGCACUGUUGAACUGCAUUCGACAUUUUCAAGCUACAGAUACUAGGGAUAGAGUAUUUGCACUCUUGCAGUAUCCCAUUAUUCACAUUAAGCAUAACGAGCAAGGCCAAGACGAUAUGUUUCAGUAUCCAAUGUUCUCCAAUACGGCACCUGCUACUCACCUCAAAUUGCAAGCGGACUACAAAAUGACCACGGGCGAAGUGUACCGUUUGGUGGCAUUAGAAUCAAUUCAAUGCUAUGGCAACCUGGAGGUGCUCACUUAUGCAUGGCAACCAAGGUCGGGUCAAGACCUGUAUCCCUCGUGGAUACCUCGUUGGAAUCCUGUAAACAGUCAAGGCCAUUGGACAAACCUCCUCCCAUUUCUCUAUGAUGCAGCAAAAGAUACAACACCAGUACUCCAGCCUACGAUUCAGAAGAACAUAAUAUCUCUGCAAGGAUUAAACCUUGGAUGCAUAAUCGAAAAGAGCACCGUCCUUCGCUUCCAAGAUCAGCAAGCAUACUUGCCUGGCGAACAUCAAGAUAUCAAAUGUAGUCUACUAGAGAUGUCGACGAUGAUUACUCAAGAUCGCUGGCAAGAAGAUAUAGAUCUGGAAGACGCAGCAGAGCGUGGUUCAAAAGCUAUCGAAGUCCAAUUUGCCGACUUCUGCACAUACGCUCUCAAUCUUAUGGACGAGCUACAGCAAGACAGUUACCUUCCCGUUUAUUCCACAUGGUGCAACAUAUGUGGCCACGAUAUCGUCCCUAGUCACACAGCUAUUUUGGAGCUUCCUACACAGUAUAAAUGCUAUGACUAUACUUCAGACCUCGAAAUGUGCACUAGUUGUUACGAGGAUGGAAAACACUGUCCCUGCACAAAACGUCCAACAAAGACUGGGACAACUACAUCACUCUGGCUUCCGUACACUGCUAAAGUCAUGGAAAUACUCAGAAAUCACGCAAACGGCAAUGGGCGUCGAUUUUUACGGACCGCUAUGGUUAUGAUGCGGGAUCGUGCGUUCUUCUAUGCAUCUCAUAGAUGGAAGAGUGUUGGCUAUCAACAGAUCGAACCUGGAGAUACAAUCGCUGUCCUGUUUGGAUCUCGCGUCCCCUUCAUCCUUCGAAAAGUCGAAAGUGAAGUUGAAAACGGAUACCGACUCAUCGGGGAUUGUUACAUUCAUGGUCUUAUGGAUGGUGAGGCUAUUCAAAUGUGGAAAGAUGGAGAUGAGAGAGCGAAGCUGGAAAAUUUCACUCUUUACUAA